AUGACCAAGGACGCCUCGACCAUCUCACUCUCAAUUCCAAAUCCACCCUCUACCACCGCUAGGUGGAGCAAUAUCGGCACUGGGGUAAGGCAUUUCCAGCCUUCCGAUUUCGAACGUACCAUUCCUCAAGGUGAUUAUACCACUAAAUUCGAUAAUCGAUCGUUCGGAUAUCCGCCAAUUGGAGUACACUCGACUCCCACCGCUCACGCUGAGGUACAGCCCAAUACGCUGUCUACGGCGAUGGGCGAAGAAAGGACAUUUGAAGGGCUAGCCUCUGAUCUCGCAAAGACCCUUGCGUUCAACGAGGGUGAUAUCAAUGUAGUUGUCGAUAUCGAUGAUAUGUCCGGACAGAAAUCAUAUGAUAUGUACAGAAGACGAAAUGCUCAACCUGCCAUUCAGCCCAUUCCACUCUCACCAGCUGUAGCGGGAUCAUUGAGUGAGAAUGAGCGAUCGAUGGAGAGAAGCAAUAGUAAUAAUAGCAACAAUCCGUUCUUACCUGAAAAAAUGAAGAGGGGUAUCCAACAUCAACACCCACACCGAUACCAAUAUCCCCAGCCAGGUUCAAUUGGACAUGGAGAUUGGUACUAUAUCACCCCGCAUGAUAGGAGUGGAAGUGACAAGUCAACUCAACUUGGUGAGAUUGAGCAACAAGACGGCUAUCCCAAUGCCAACAUUCAAACCUACAGGAACGUAGGAACUUUCCCAAGCAUUGAAAACGGGAACGACAUUUUUGCCAUCACAGAUGAACAUCACGGUACAGUCCAUUUGCGUCAACAAGAUUACCACCCAUCUUACAUCCCAGAGCUCGAAUCGAACAUUCACACCUUACAGACCGAAUUAUCCUCUCUCAAGGAGGAUUACACAACCAUGGCUGAUCGUAAAGAACACUAUAAAGGGAAAUACAACCAGACCUAUACCGAUCUAACAAACGCGAAUGAACGAAUCGAUUCUUUGAACGGGAACAUACGUGAAUUCAAAGAGAUGUAUACCAAGGCCAGCAAAAUUUCUCAAAGGAAUUAUACCGAUUGGUCCAAAUCGCAAUCUAUGAUAUUAGACUUGAACGGAAAGAUCAAAUCGCUCUUAAGUGAUAAAGAAACUAUGCAAAUUAGGAUUGAGGGAUUGGAGAGUGAUAAAGUGAGAUUUUAUGCUGACAAUCAUGCGUUGAGAUCCGAGAUGAAAGGGUUAGAUGAACAAAUUAGAACUUAUCGAGAUGGGAGUUAUCAAGAUGGACUUCGUAUUGCAGAAGAGAAGAUGUAUAGUGAGAGCCUUCAGAUGAAGGUAAGAGAGUUGGAAGAUCGUAUUCAUAGGACCAGAGGUGGAUCCCAUUCCGACCACCAAGGGGAGGGUUAUGAGAGAUCGAUUUAUGGGGAAGGUGAGGAUGAAAAGGUUUAUAGGUAUGAGGAGAGAGAACCAACUCAAGCUCAAGAUGAUCAAGCGGAUCAAGCGGAUCGAUCCGAAUGA